AUGGGAAGAGAAUACGAUGAUCACCAUCUCUUCGACACAUUCAUAUUAGUCCUCGAAAUGGACAAGUCGGAAUCUUCAGGUUACAAAGAUUUUGUGUGGGCAAUUGGAAUAAACCGUCUCAAUUUAGAAUUGGCCGGUUUAUGGCCUAAAACUAAUGAAGUCUCCAAAAGAAGACUCGGUUCUGACAUUUGUGCGGGUUUCAAUUUUAUUAUGCUAGCAUUUGUCAUUGGUAUUCCUAUGGUACAUGCGCUUAUACGAGUUUCGGGUGAUAUGGCGCUAAUGAUAGACAAUAUAAAAGUGACAUUAGCUAUUUUCACUAUUUUAUUGGAAUUUGUUAUAAUGCGAUGGAAACAAACAGAGGAUUUAAUUACUAUAGUCACAUAA